AUGAUCUACACACCAAAGAGCAAAAGAGCUCGUGUUGGCACAGAGGAUGAGCCGAUGAAGGUGGCAGGGGACCAGCGACCAGGAGAGGAAGAACAAGACCAAGCUCCAGACGCAAAGCCUGGUGCACUCUACGAGCUAGCAAUGCGCUUGAGGGCCUCGGACGCCUCCGUGUUUGAGCGGCUGUGUGACUCAGAGGGUGAUGAGCAAACUGCUGCAUAUAUGCCUGGCCGGGUGCCACCAGAAGCGCAAAGAGGAACGUUGAAGCACACGAUUCGCACACGGCGGCGACUUCAGAGUUUCAACAAGACCUUCGCCCUGACCAGGCAGAUCUUCUCCGCAGACCCCCAGGUUGUGGCCGAGGCCUCACAAGCAGUAGCAAGCGCUAGAAUCGAGGUCCAAUACAUUCUGGGGCAGAUUCCUGUGAAUGAGAAACCGGUGGACUCCAUGCUAGCAAAAUGGCUCUUUGAACGUUUGAAGCGGGUCAAGUUUUUGACCAGCUCAUUCAAGCUGGAGUGGGCACUUGAUUCAGGCGAUGACGUCCGGGACACUUGGGGAGGCGCAGCACGGUUUGGUGAAAUGUUUGCCACUCCUACCAACAUUCAGGCUAUCAACUUGGCCAUCUACUACGGGCUACUCGAAGGAAACACCCUUCGGGCCGCCGACUGCUGCAAGGCCUACCUUCAGAACCCGACGGUUCGACUCAACAAAGCCUUGUACGGCCAUCCAUUGGCGUCCGCCUUUUGGGAUCUUCACCUUCGUCAGGUGCUGAUCGGAGACUUAGGCCUAGAAGCCGUUGAUGGGCGCCCCAGUGUGUUCAUGUGCCCCAAGACGAAGCUGCUCGUUGUCAUCUAUGUUGACGACGUCUUGGUUUCUGGGCCAGAGCGCCACCAGGACCAAUUCUGGGCAGCUCUCAAACGCAAGGUGGAACUAGACGAGGUUGAGCAAUUGAACCAGUUCAUUGGCCGCACUCACGAAAUUGACGGAAGUCAGUGCGUGUUCAAUAUGCUUGAUUAUUGUCAGCAGGCCAUUGACCUGUAUGUUGAGGCUGCGGGGGGUUCUGGGAAGGUCCAGUUUCGCAAGGUUUCUACCCCCUAUGUUUCAGACAGCCUUUUGACACAAGAGGACUAUGAAGUAGAAGGCCAAGUUUCUGCUAAGGCGUCAAGCGUUCUUAUGAAACUUUUAUGGUUGACACGGCUGGCGCGGCCGGAUUUGGCCUAUGCCGUGGGGUCACUAGCCACACAAGUCACCAGGUGGAGUAAAAAUAGUGACAAACAACUCUUCCGCCUAGUCAGCUAUCUCCAUUCUACCCAAGGGCUUUGUUUGGUGUCAAAGGUUCACGAUUCCCCACAGUCAUCCACUUUGGACCUUUUUGUGGACGCGGACCUAGGAGGUUGCCCCUUCACUUCAAAAAGCACUUCUGGCUUGUUCUUAGUGGUGAAGGGACCUCAGGGUACGUUUGCACCUAUAGCCUGGAGUUCUAGAAGGCAGCAGCACGUAGCACGUAGUACGGCAGAUGCGGAGCUCAACUCUUUGAGUGAAGGUCUCCACGAGGAACUGCUCCCUGCUGUCAUGUUGCUUGAAAAACUCCUGACACCCGAACUUUCCCCCAAGCCGAUCGUACACGAAGACAAUUCAGCCGUGGUUCAGGCAAUAGAGAAGGGAUAUAGCAUCAAGCUUCGUCACCUUGCGCGCACACCGCGGCUGGCGUUGGCGUCCUUGCACGAGGCGUUUACGUCUUGGUGUCAGCUAAGGCAGACACCAACUAAGGAUCAGCUUGGUGACUUGUUCACCAAAGCCUUAGCACCAUGCAAAUUUGCCCCGCAGGCCAUUGGCCUUGAAAUUUGGAAGACGGUUCCAGGCCCUAGUUCAGGGCAAGAGUAG